CUCAUUCCUGAGACAGAACUGCGCCCACCCCUUGUGUAAGCAAUUUAAACCUGAUAGCAGACGAUCAUAUGCCUAUCUUUACACUGCAAAUCUUUGUUCACUUCAGAUCGACCCAAUAUCUCAUGCGCUUCUUUACCAUAAUCAUUGUCAUUUUUUUACGCGCAAAACUCCACCCGGGCGGUAAACCUCUUCUGAUUAUCGAUUUUUAAUGCAAGACAGAGCAGAACUUUGAUUGGUGCAAUCGAGAGGCUGUAGACUCCUGUCUGACGCGCGCCUGUGUUCUUUUCUACCCAUGGAAAUGGUCAGUACAGGUGCCUGAAUGUGCACAACGACAACAUUUUAAUAAUAUGAACUUAUUGCCAAGUGGAAUAUGUUUUUAUUUAUCUGUAGCAAUCUGCUGGCUAACGUCAAGGGUCGACGGAUCUUGGUGGUACAUGGGUACCCUCGGGUCGCAAGUGAUGUGCGACAACAUCCCCGGGUUAAUCAACAAACAGCGGCAGCUGUGCCGCCAGCAUCCCAAAGUUAUGCAGGCGAUUGGAGCCGGGAUUAAAGACUGGAUCGGGGAGUGCCAACAUCAGUUUCAGAACCACCGCUGGAACUGCAAUACCAUGGCGCGAGAACACAACUUGUUCGGACGCCUACUGCUGCGUAGCAGUCGUGAAGCGGCCUUUGUGCAUGCCAUCUCCUCGGCCGGGGUGGUCCACACGCUGUCCCGGGCUUGCAGCCAGGGAGAGCUACAGUCGUGCUCCUGUGACCCCACCAAGAAGGGCUCGUCCCGGGAUGCCAAGGGGACGUUCGACUGGGGCGGCUGCAGUGACCAUGUGGAGCACGCCAUGAGGUUCAGCCAGUCCUUCGUAGACGCCAAAGAGAGAAAGGAGAGAGACGCCAGGGCUCUGAUGAACCUCCACAACAACCGCGCUGGGAGAAAGGCGGUGAAGCGGUUUAUGUCCCUGGAGUGUAAGUGUCAUGGCGUGAGCGGCUCCUGCAGCGUCCGGACCUGCUGGCUGGCCUUGGCCGACUUCCGCCGCACGGGCGACCACCUGCGGCGGCGCUACAACGGGGCGGUGCAGGUGGCCAUGAACCAGUAUGGCACGGGCUUCACCACCGCACAGCGACACUUCAAACGGCCCAGCAAGAACGACCUGGUCUACUUCGAGGACUCGCCAGACUACUGCAUAAGAGACCAAGAGUCUGGUUCGGUGGGGACGGGAGGGCGGGUGUGCAACCGGACGUCUCGCGCCGUAGACAGCUGCGAGGUUAUGUGCUGCGGCCGGGGCUACGAUACAACACGCGUCAGCCGCACCACCAAGUGUGAGUGCAAGUUUCACUGGUGCUGCGCUGUGCACUGCCGGGACUGCAACCAGGAGAUGGACGUGCACACCUGCAAGGCCCAAACAUGACUAUA